AUGCGCAGCAGCACCGUUCUGUCAGCCUUACGCUUCCCCGGUCACGGUCAAGGGCUCGGCCGCUGCUCUAUGGCAGCUCAGGACACCAAAGCCUCUCACGAUGCCGUUCUAAGGGGCAAGAUCUACAUCGAUGCUCUCCCAGCCGACGUUGCUCCAAUUAGGAGACUAUUGGAAAAGUACAGCGGCAUACGUGCCAAGGACGUGGAUGAGCAUAUCCACUACAUGCGGGACAGGCUGUGGGAAAUAUACCCUUACGUCUGCAUCGGUCACUUUCGCUUUCUUUCACUCCAGUUCACGUACGACCCUCGGUACCAAAUGGCGCUGAGACGGCUCUUGCUGCCGAGAUCGCGGGCCACCUUCCUUGAUCUAGCGUGUUGUGUAGGGCAGGUCCUGAGACAGCUCGCUUACGACGGCGUGGAUGCGAAUAGACUGUAUGGCACGGACCUGGAGCCACGAUUCCUCGAUGCCGGUUACGACCUGUUUAAGGACAGGGCCAAGUUCAAAGCUACAUUUGUAGCUGGCGACAUGGUGAAGCCAGGAGAAGGCGAUGCGAGACUUCAGGUGCUUGACGGAAAGAUGAGCAUCAUACACGCCACCAGCUUCUUCCAUCUAUUUACUUGGGACGAUCAGGUCCAGGCAGCGACGAGGAUGAUUCGAUUUUUGGACCCGCACGACCCAGAUGCAACGAUCUUCGGACGGCAUGUUGGCACCACCAAACCUGGUGAUAGGCAAGGGCCCCGGGACAACGCAAGGUACCUGCACAAUGCGGAAACUUGGCAGAAACUAUGGGAUGAGGUUGGCAAGCUCACGGGAACUGCGUGGCGAACGGAGUUUGAGCCAAUCGAAAAGGUUGGCGGCCACAGUACGAGUAGUCUUGAUGACACACUCCGAAGGAUGAGCUUUGGGGUGUACAGGGCUUGA